AUGAAUUUGGCUGAGCAGUAUCUCUUCAGAGGAGGGAAAUUUCAGUACUCACCGGAAGGUCUGGACUUCACCAAGAUAGCUGUAACAAUCAGCCCACGUUUCUCCGACAUCGUGUUGACAUUCCUGCUCAGUCAGUUCAAAAUCUCACCCGCCGCCAUAUUCAAAAACAUCGUCACCGCAGCUCUUCUCUCCUCUGCUCUCGCCAGUGCCUCCACUGCGCACGCAAAUGGCAAAGCCCCCUGUGCAAAGGUGCACAUGAUGCUUGCCCGCGGAACUACUGAAAGCUAUCCUGGUCUGCUCGGGUCUUUGACUGACCUGACCCCCAGCUAUGAGGAGGGCAUCUACAAUGGCACUGCUCAGCUGAAGGCUUAUGUCAAGGCUUGUCCGGAAACCAAGGUGGUGCUCUUCGGAUAUUCUCAGGGAGCCAUGGUUGUGAGCGACAUGUUGGCCGGUGGCGGUGAUAACGGAACCUUGGGAAAUAUCACUGCUCCUGCUGUUGAUCCUGAAACCGGAUCCCACAUCGCCGCUGUCCUUCUUUACGGAGACCCCCGUCACAUGCCCAACCAGACGUACAACGUCGGUGAUGUGACCGCUACUGGCAAAUACCCCCGCACUCCCGAGCAACUCGCAGCCCUGUCGAUGUACGCCGACAGACUCCACGACUACUGCGACGACAAGGAUGGCGUUUGCGAUGCUGCCGGAACUAACCUCUCCGCUCAUCUGGCGUAUGCUACCAUCUGGGACAAGGUCGCUGCUACUUGGGUUGAGAGCAUGAUGCAGAAAUAA